CCAACCUGCACUACUUUAAGAACUGACCCUCUCCCCCCCUCCUCGUUGCUCCUGUUAAACGACCACAACAAUACACUACUCCUUACAGUCAUCCCCACCUCGCCACGCUACGUGUUUUAGCCCACCAUGUCUGUUGUAUCGCUUCUUGGGGUCAACAUCCUCAACAACCCAGCCAGGUUCACCGACAACUACCAGUUUGAGAUUACUUUCGAGUGCUUGGAACAGCUUGAGAAGGAUCUCGAGUGGAAGCUGACCUACGUCGGCUCCGCUACCUCCGAUCAAUAUGACCAGGAGCUGGACACCCUGCUGGUGGGACCCAUUCCCGUCGGUGUCAACAAGUUCAUCUUUGAGGCGGAUGCCCCUGACACCAAGCGCAUUCCCGACGCCGAGGUUAUGGGUGUGACGGUCGUCCUCCUGACUUGCGCCUACGACGGCCGGGAGUUCGUGCGCGUGGGAUACUACGUCAACAAUGAAUACGAGUCCGAGGAGCUCAAUGCGGACCCUCCUGCCAAGCCCAUCAUCGAGAAGAUCCGCCGCAACAUCCUUGCCGAGAAGCCCCGUGUCACUCGCUUUGCGAUCAAGUGGGACAACGACGCUACUGCCCCUGCUGAGUUUCCUCCCGAGCAACCAGAGGCCGACCUUGCCCCCGAUGAUGAGGACUACGGUGCCGACGAGGCUGACGACGAUGGUGAGGAGGCGGACGGAGUCGCUGCUCCCAACGGCGAGUCUUCUGCUGUCGGCGAAGACGCUGCCAUGGCCGGCAUCACCGCUGGGAACGGCGAGCACCGGGAGGACGAUGAAAUGUCCGAGGACGGCAGCGUCGACAUUGAUGGCGAGAGUGAAGACGAGAUUGAGGAGGAGGAGGAGCUGGAGGGCCAGGCCGCCGACGGAGGAGACGGCAUGGAUGUCGACAUGGAUGAUGCUCCGGACUCUGGUGCGCAACACUCGGAGGUCAUGGCCCACUAACUGCACAUUCUUCUCAUUUCGACCUCAGUUGUCCGGCGUUACCUUAUGUCAUGAUAUCCCCUUACUUUGAUCAGAGUUCGCGAAGCACUAGACUCAGGAUGAUGGAUGGUUAAUGCAUUACGAAAAAUACAUACAGUUUGACUGUUGAUGGGGUUAUGGCAGGUCUGGGGACUUGGCAGACAUCAGGGAGGCCUGCCUCACUUGUCAUAGACUACAGGAUCGAGAUAAGCGGUGGAACUGCGCUGUCUCGAGAUAAAUACAAGUCCGGAAUUGUAAUAGACAUCCCCCUUUGGCUUGACUAUCUCGUGUCGACCUAGGUGGGUAUGUGAUGACCCCUUGUAGGAUGUUUCUCUAUGAAGCAUUAUUCUAUGAGAGAGUAUUCUAUAAGAGUGUAUGAGGUCAUUCUAUAGCAGGCUGUCUUUGAGUCGUUCUCCCACGGGGGUAUAUUCCACGGGACGGUGCGCCAUAGGAAUUUGAGGAAAGAUACUGUGGUUUCUAGAGGGCACCCGAGCAGAGCCCUGCUUUUGACAUGACGGGGCUCGACCUGCGCACCCGGAGCUCGCCUCACAGCCUGGCCUCUUGCGACGCCGGAGACCGGCUCUGGGGUUUGGACGUAACAUCUUUCCCAAGCUGGUGACGUAUGUCCGUGGAGUCACGCCGCCGUCAAAAGAGAGGCUCUGCAGAGCUG